UUGUAUUAAAUAUUACUUAUCUUAAUUACUGGGUUGUUGGGGGCUUUUAAAUUUGAACCCUAGGUGAGUGUUUCAUUUGCCUCACCCUGAUCCUGGCCCUGAGAUAGAAGCUCAGAAGGGAUGGUCAGAGGAACAAGAACAAACAAGUCCUUCCAGAAUUUUGUCAAAAACAGAUGAAUUGAGAAAAAUAGAUAUUACAUAUUGAAGUAUAAUGGACACACAAUAAGUGGAUCAUCUCAAUAAUUGGUGGAGAAACCCCACAACUAGAAGUGUGGGCGGGUGGGGACAAAAGAGAGACAACAAAGCGUUUCAGGCAGGACACUUCCUUUCGCUGAUUUUGCCUCAUAGAAUUGGGGGUUUGUUCUUAUACACAAGUUUAAUGUCACCUUCUCCUGUCUGCAAUGGACAGACAAGUGAUAUAUGCUGAUUUAACAGUAUCCAGGGAUCCAGGCCCUGAAAGCUCGUCACCCUCAUCUCUUCCUCGGGACAUCUGUCAGGGUCCACGCUGGCAUCAAUUUGCUCUGAAACUUGGCUGUGCUGGAGUUACUCUUCUUGUCUUAGCUGUGAUCGGGUUGACUAUUACAGUAAUGUUCUUAAUACAAAAAUCAUCAAUAGAAAAAAGCAGUGUGGAUGUUCAACAGAACAGGAGUGAAACAACAGAGAGCCUGGGUCUGUCAGAGUGCCCAGAAUCUUGGCAGUCACUCCAAAAGAAAUGCGUGCUUUUUUCUCAGGGUAUCGACCUUUGGAAUAACAGUCUAUCCUACUGUUCCACAAAAGAAUCCAGUUUGCUUCUUAUUCAAGAUCAGGAAGAAUUGAGACUCAUACGGAAACUGAUGAAGGAUAAAGGAAUUAACUUUUGGAUUGGAUUAAAUUUUGCAUUAUUAGAGAAGAAGUGGAAGUGGAUAAAUGGGUCUUUUUUAAAUUCUGCUAUAUUAAAAAUUAAAGGUUAUGCUGAAGAAAACAACUGUGCUUCCAUCUCAAAAACAACUGCUUAUUCUGAAGACUGUUCUACAGAUAAUAAAUGGAUUUGCCAAAAAGAACGAAAUCCUGUCAUAAAUAAAGUUUGUCCUGACUCUUGA